AUGAUAGCGUCCCAGUUUGGAGACCAUAAUGCGAAAUACCGAGCUUACAUUAACCUUGGGAAUGCCCAUGUCUUGUUAUCGGAAGUAGACAAAGGGAUAGAAUGUUACAUAUCAGCUAUGAAUUUGGUUGUUGAGAAAGGCGACAAGGUACGCGAAGCUCAAUGUUGCUUCUACAUUGCAUGCUCUUCAUCUCUUUUGCGUCAGUUUAGUUCUGCUAUGAGAUUGCAUUGUUUUGCGCACGAGUAUCAGAGUCAUAUAGGUUCUACUGCGCAGGAUGUUAAAGCUACUAUUUCAGCUAAAACUUAUCAUCUUCGUCACCUAUCACUAGCCCGACGUAUGAAUGACUGUGCUGGACAGGCUCGAGCCUAUAAUUCGCUCGCAACUGUCUACGCAAACCUGAGAGAAUAUGCAAAAGCUGCUUAUUUCCUUGCAUGCAACAGGGCACUUGCUGCGGAGGUACGUUAUCAUUUCUAUGUUGUCCGAGUGUGUUCGUUAGGAAGUUAUAUUCGUCUUUGCCAGCAACCUUGCGCCAUUUUUGCUUGUUGUUUUGUGUAUGAAAUGGAAGCGUAG